GGUCGCCUGCUAUAAAACAUCACGUGGACCGUGUUCUUCAUAACUCCCACUGAAGCCAUGGCUGCUGUAUGGCUCUUGGUUGCUCUGGUGCAGGCCAUCUUGAUGGUAGAAUUAGGCCUAUAUUUUGGACCCACUCCAGCUGAAGCAACACAAGUGGAAGAUUUGUUUCUUGCUGAUGAUUCACUGAGGGGGGCUUUUGAGCUUCUCCACAUUUUGGAUUCCAUGUUGAAACAUCAGUCUAAAGAAGUGGAAAUGGAAGGAAAAACCAAUCAUGGUGCCAAAAGUCACCAGAAUGCCUUCAGUCACGACCAGCAGCCAAGCUACAAUGACAGCAGCAAGGGCCAGCACAAAGAUGACCACCACCACCAGCAGCAGCAGAGCUACAACUUGAGCAAGGGCCAGCAAAACGAUGACCUGCCGGGCUACAACGCGAGCAGCAAAGCCCAGCACAAUGAUGAUCUGCCACUCUACAAUGUGAGCAGUAAGGGCCAGCAAAACGAUGACCUUCCGGGCUACAACGCGAGCAGCAAGGGCCAGCACAACGACCAGCAGCAGCGCUACAACGUGAGCGGCAAGGGCCAGCACAAUGACCACCACCACCACAAGCAGCAGAGCUACAACUUAAGCAUGGGCCAGCAAAACGAUGACCUGCCGGGCUACAACACGAGCAGCAAGGGCCAGCACAACGACGACCACCACCACCACCAGCAGCAGCGCUACAACGCAAGCAGCAAGGGCCAUCACAGUGAUGACCUGCCAGUCUACAAUGUGAGCGGCAAGGGCCAGCAGCAAGGCUACAACACGAGUGGCGAGGGUCAGCGCAAUGAUGACCUGCCGGGCUACAACGCAAGCGGCAAGGGCUUCCAAAGUGACCGACUGGAGAAUAAUGAAUUGUCUUUUUAUCAGUGAAUGUUUAUAGAAACCUAUUGAUCAACUGUUCA